CCACGUGAAAUCAGAAAAUCGGGUCAUCGGCUCCGCCCAAAGUUAACGGCAUGUGCCGCCGCGAAAACGUCGCCGACACGUUCGCCAUUUAGCAAACGUUUUUCACGACUAUAUAGAACUCCGCCGCCGUGAAUAGAUUUUGUACUGAAACCAAAUUGUUAGAUCAAUGGCGACAAAUGCUAAUUCAAUUCCAAAUCCUGUGAUGUUACCGGAGAUUGGACCUGACGGCAUCGCUAGAGAAUCACCGGUCAUUGCUUACACUGAAAAGAUAAUUGAAGAAGAACAGCUUCAAUUGAGAAAAUAUAUUGCUGAAAAUUAUUCCAAGAUCCGUGAUGUCGAAAAGGAAUUCGCAAACCUGUCAAUGGAGAUGAAGCUUACUGCUGGCCCCAAAAAAGCAGCACUUGAACUCAUGAGACAGAAAAUAGAAAUGUCAACAGAGAGAAUCCGUGUUGCUAAGCUGAAGGAAGAACAAGCACGAAAGGCUUGGGAAGCAGCAUCACAGGCUGUUAAGGACGAGGAGGCGAUCAAGCAAAAGCUUUGUGAGGAUUUGAAUAGUCUGGUUCUGGAAAGUAGUAACAGUCAGCUUGCUAGAUUGGAGGAACUGAAAAGACGGCUGGAAGCUUUGAAUCCAAGUAGAGCAUCCACUGCCUCUGACCAAAGUCCUGUGGGAUCUGUACAAAACAGUAUGGCUCAAGAUGUUUCCUCAGUAAAGGAUACACAAGAAUCGUUGAGCAGAUCAUCUGGAAAUACAUUGAAAGAAGGAAAUGCUAGAAGUGGUGCAGCAGAAAAUGGACAAAACCAAUCGCAUUCUCUUGAUGAAACAAGAGCUAAGAAGAAAAUCAAUUUACAAGGAAGAGGAAAAGGAAUCGGUAUAAUUCCCAAAGGCCGAGGUUCACAAGGACCUGGCUGGACCGGAGCUGGGUUCGAUGUGGAUGGCAGAAGUUGAUAGCAGAAUUUCUCACUGUUUAAGUUCAUUGGAAUAAGAGACUUGCUGUUUCUCAAUGAGGUAGAUCAUCCAGUCCAAAAUUAUCAAAUUCUUUCACUCUCUUAUUCCUUGCUUGUGAAAUAUCAUUUCUGAAAAUUCUAAUGACUUGUAAAUACUUUGAAAUAUAUAGUUUCUGAAUCUUUCUUGUUUAAAUUGAUUUUAGUUUGUGUUAA